AUGAUAAAAUCAGCCAAGAAAUCGCUCCGUCGGAGCUGCAACUUUUGUCGCACUCGCAAGAUCCGAUGCUCAGGACAACGUAUAUGCGACGCUUGCCGGGAGCGUGGCAUCGACUGUACCUACGACUUUGAAUUUCCACGGAGACGAUCCGUUGAACCUUCUGCACCGGCCGCGCCUAUCUCGCUACCCUCCACCCCCAAAAGCACCAGCGAGGGUAACAUUGCCGCAGACCUCGAUGAAGACUUCGCCGCAAGCUUUGCCAAUGAAAAAUACACAUCCAGCACUCCACGAGCACGGUUAGGAAUCAACGGCGUGCUACCGCUCGUCGUCCAAGACUUGGUCAACUCAGUUUCAGUCAAGGUCGGAUGUUUUGGGUCUCAAAAUUCAGCUGAGGGAGGGAAUCUUUACUACACAAGGAGCAUCUCCUCGGAUCCUACUACGACCAUGUUUGACCCGCCUCGGCCCAACCUGGAGGCUCAUAUUCUGCAAGACGACCGCAGGAACUCGCAGAUGAUUCAGACUUGGUUCUCUGUGCACCCACUCACGGUCAUUGUGUCUAAAACACUUCUCCUUCGAAGCCUACGGGACAAAUCCGUUGAUGACGCCCUAUUAGCCGCAAUCAUUGGCACCGCUUAUCUUGCGCACGAUGACACCGAUUCCAGGAGAAAGGGCGAAAGUAUGAUCGCGUGGGCAGCAGCUCAGCUGAGACACCGCUCGUCAUCAGCUACGAACUUGUCUACUGUUCAGCUGUUGCUCAUUUUGGGUUGGUACGAGCUGUGCUCAGGCUCGUUCCGGAGAGCUGUAUGCUACAUCCGGUUAGCGGGUCGCUUGGUUGGACAGAUAGACAGAACUUCCUCUGAAGCCACCGAAGCGCUCAGCACUGUAAAUGGCGUCUCAGUGCCAAAGCUGACGUCCGCCAAGGUCGAAACAGAACUGUUGGCUUACGCCUGGUGGACAAGCUUUGCGCUCAGCUUAUGGGCAUUCAUGCAAAACGGAAGGUCCUCUGUGCGGUUUUUGCACUCAUUCAUGCCACUCAACCUUCUUCCAAUCGAUAGCGCAGGAUCCAUUGUCAUCGCGCUCGACGAGUUGUCUGGCAAUAUUUCGACACUUCCGGUGCAGAGGCGCAUGAUCAAAGAGUUUUGGCCCCUCAGCUGCAUUGCAUCUUCAGCGGCGCACAACUUCUCGCUUCUCCCACAAAUAAUUGAAGUCGAUCACUCAGGGGCGUAUUUGGAUUGGCAGGACCGUUUGAUGCACCACUAUAACAGGCUUGCUCGGACCGUUCACUCACAAGACACCAGAGAUCUCUGCAAGAGAGUCAGGAGAGUCGUCACUGAUUGCGUUUCCCUGAUGAAAGAGAAAAUCUCAAGCGCCGAUACUCUAGAGCUUGUGCUCACAGCAUUCUAUACUAUCCUCCUUCACGCCAUUUUCCCAUCCAAUCGCAAUAUGGUGGCGGAAGAUACAGUAAAACAAAUGCUGGGCCAGUUCCUACACAUCUCCAAUUCGCUUGGAGAUAUGAUCGCCAGAAGCCAAGAUCCACAAUCAGGCGCCGAGAAAACAGUAUGGAGAGUUUGCUUGGUCGAAAUGCAGGCUCAAGCAAUCGAUGCAUGCAGCCGUGGCCUAGACUUCUUCCGCCUCAUCAUGCAAGAACGCCCGAACCAAGCUCGAAUCAUCUCGGGGCAAAUGGACAAGUUGAUCACGACCACCGAUUAUCUCUACCACAUCAUCCGGGAUAAAAUCGAUGCUCCGUCCAGAUCCCUACGGAGCGUGAAACGGCGCCUCAAAACUUCGCGGCUAUUUUACCAGGCCUGUGUCCGCGACAGCGGCUUGCUCGGACCGCCGAAAGCUUAUCACCAAAAAGAAUUCCCUCCGGCGUCUUCAGCUGAGUCUUAUCAAGGCACAAGGGACGAAUUACUCAGCUUAUCCGCCACCAACCACUAUCGAGACCCUCUCGUAAGCACUACAGACUCGCACGCUGAUUCACCGCCACCAUUAUCGUUCGAUCAUUUUGAUGUGCUUACGGGACCGACCUCAUCUACAAAUCCUACCUCGACUUUCAAUACUCCUCCCGGAGAUCAUGCAGUAGACGAUCUGGCUCUGGAUCUGUUCGACUUUAGAUCACUGGCUGUUGUGGGAGGAACGGCAAUGGGAGAGAGCGGCUUGAUGGCGCAGCAUGGACAAGUAGAAGGGCUGCUCGGGCUCUUUGACUGGCGUCAUGAUCCUGUACCAUCCUUUGACUUAUCUUAUGGCAUCGGUGCGCCGAAGUCAAUGGCGAUACCGAUAUCGGGUGAAGGUCCAGGCUUGAAUGCAGGACCUGAUAGUGAUAUUGGCUACCAAAGAGUAGGGGAAACAAAGCGUCGCCGGCCAAAUCAGUAUAAUGCCCUUCACUAA